GCCCUACUUCAUCCCAGCAAACAGAGAAAAAAAUCCCAAAACAAAGCUAUUUUCUCUUUUUGAAAUUUCUUUCCAUUCAAAAGUUAAUUUCAUUGCCCCAAUUUUAUUCACCAAACUCAAUCAUUUGGCUCCACUUCAACCCUUCCCAAUGCAAGGUUCAGUCUUCGCCGGCAACAAGUCCGGUUCAAACUGGCUGGACCGCCUCCGCUCCACCAAAGGCUUCCCGGCCACAGAAAAUCUCGACCUUGACAACUUCCUUUCCGAUCCUUCACUUCCCAAUUCCGAGUCCACUCAGUCUCUUAACAGACGAGUCACCUCCGAUCAGACGGAAAUUCCUGACACUUUAAGGGAGAACGGAGAAAGAGAAUGGUUUGGUGUAGUCACCAAUGUUUUAUGCGACCUCUUCAACAUGGGUGAUUCCCAAGAUAAGAAUUCAAGAAUUUCUGGGAAAAAGAGCUCCAGGAAACAAACAAACCCUAAGUUUUUCGAUGCUGACUCUGUUAGAAAAGAGGAAUAUGUACAGGCAGCAACUACGGCAUCGUUUCAUUCUGAUAAUAAUUCGAACGUUGUUGGGAUGAAUGCUGAUUGUUUUGUGGAUGAUGAUGAUGAAUACAACGGCAAGUUGGACGAGAAGAAAGAGAAAAGCAGCAGUGAUAAAGAGUUAAGAGGGUACUCGAAAAGUGAAGUGACGGUUAUAGAUACGAGUUUUGAGGUGUGGAAGUUUGAUAAGUUGGUGUUUAGAAGGAAAAGUAUAUGGAAAGUUAGGGAUAAGAAAGGGAAGUCAUGGAAUUUUGCUUCCAAGAAGAGGAAAGGCAAUCACUUGGAAUCCGCAACAAAUAAUGGAAAUGUUGGUUGUAAGAAAAAAGCAAAGAUGUCUGACUCUGAGUUUGCCUCAUCCAAGGAAUCCAAUGGAGGGGACUUUGCACUGCCAUCCAAUGGUGAUCACAAACAACUGGAUGAGAACAGAGAUUUAAUUUGUAGAGAUACAUUUGAUGAUCAUUUACAAGUUUCCAGAAAGAGAUCAUCCAGGAAAUCAGAGAAGAAUGGCUCAUCUGUUAUUCUUAUGAAAAUUGUACCUACAAGCAAGAAAUGUGGGAGAAAUCUUCCCAAAAAUCGUCACAAGGACGCCCAAAAGCAAUGAUAAUGAAAAGCUUAGUUUUUGUCCUAGAGUAUGCAAUUCCUUCUUCGACAGCUCUAUGAAUUUUUUGGAUCAGUAAAUUGCUUAAUUUGGUACUCUAGUUGCCAAUGGAGAAGGCUAAAGGAAUUGAGGAUAAAAGUUGAAAGUGCUGAAUCCCAUUGACUUGAUUCUGAACCAAUGAUUGAUUGACUUAUCUCUGUAUCAUUUGUAAUCAUGUAUCUGUUCUAUUUUUUUUAAGGAAAAAAGAAAAGAAAAUUCUUUUAAUCAGAUUGAGCUCAAUAAAGCAUGUUCUACCUCUUCAUAAAUGUAUGUCCGAUAUUCUCAUUUCA